AUGCCCUCCACACUUUGGGCUGAAGGUCCUACGGACGUAGGUCUCAUACACUGUACUCCUAUUAACUUUCAGCUUACUUCUGAUCAACCAAUCUGGAGAUCUCAAUACCCUCAUAAACCCGCUGCUGAACUGGGCAUUAGGAGCACAAUAGAGGGGCUGUGGAAUGCAGGUGUGUUGGAGUCGGCUGACUCCUCCUCGUGGAAUACACCUAUCUUGCCAGUAGAGAAAAAAGGGACAGGAAAAUGGAGGAUGGCACAUGAUUUGAGAGCUAUUAAUGCAGCACUGUCCACUCCCACUGUCCCAGUUCCAAAUCCUUAUGUCGCUCUCACUAACCUUAAUCCGGAACAUGCAUGGUUCACAUGCAUUGACCUGGCCAAUGCUUUCUUUUGCCUGCCUUUAGCUGAGGAAUGCAGGGACAUUUUUGCUUUUACCUAUAGAUCACAUAGGUAUCGAUACACUCGUUUGCCACAGGGUUUUGCUCUGUCUCCAGGAAUCUUUAACCAAGUUCUUAAAGACUCUCUACAGGACUGCCCCCUUCCACCACACACCACAUUGAUUCAAUAUGUGGAUGACAUCCUUUUGGCAUCGCCAACUGUUUCAGAAUGUUUGGAGGCCACAGCUGUGGUCCUCUCACACCUUGCUAAAGCCGGUUACAAGGUCAGCAAAGCCAAACUGCAAACUUGCAGAAAACAGGUUGACUUUUUAGGUAGAGUUAUCUCCCAACCGGGCACUGGGAUGUCCCCUACUCAUCGGUCAGCUGUUCUUUCCCAUCCCAAACCCGUUUUUGUGAAAGACAUGCUUUCCUUCUUGGGUCUCACUGGAUGCAGCAGAUCUUUUGUUCCAGGAUACACUGAUCUCACUGCUCCACUUAGGGCCCUGGUCAAAGAACAGGGCAUGAGAAAUCUCACUGCCCCACUUGAAUGGACUCGCGAAGCUGAGGAAGCUUUUAUAGCUUUGAAAACCAGCCUAUCCCAAGCUGCACACUUGGCGCACCCCGACUACACAUUGCCGUUCUAUUUAGAUGUUUCUGUAACAGCACACACAGUCAAUGGCGUGCUGUUUCAGAAAAAAGGGGGAAUAAGAACAGUGCUAAUGUACAUAAGUGUUUUGUUGGACAACAUGGAACAAAGACAUCGUGAAUGCACCAGACAUGCAGCAGGGAUGGCUAAAAUAAUCCAGAAAACAGCCCAUGUAGUUAUGGGACACUCACUCCACAUUCUCACAUCACAUGGAGUAGUGGCUUUUGUGAACUCAAAGAGAUUCACACUAUCACCACUGAGACAACAGAGACUGAGCAAGGUGCUGGAAGCUCCCAACAUCACAUACACACAUGAAGGCAUAAGCAUGGCAGACAGAAUGACAUCAGGAGAACCACAUGUCUGUGCAGAAAAAGUGGAGUUUAAUGAAAAAAUCAGACCAGAUUUACAAAGCACAUCCUUAACAGAGGCAAGAAACCUGUAUACAGAUGGUUGCUGUUUCAGACAUGACACAGAAGGACUGAAAGCAGCGUAUGCAGUUGUGGAGGACACAGGGACAGACUUUGUAACAGUGAAAGCGGAAAGGCUGACAGACACACAAUCAGCACAGAAAGCAGAAGUCUUGGCAGUGAUCGUAGCCCUAGAAUUAGGAGAAGGACAAAAAAUAAACAUUUACACAGACUCAGCAUAUGCUACGGGCGCAGUGCAUGUUGAACUGAAGCAAUGGUUGAGAACAGGGUUUAGGACAGCAGGACAGAAACCCAUCAAGCAUGAACAGGAAAUGAGAAGGUUGGCUGAAGCAUUGCUCUUACCACAGGAGGUGGCAGUUAUCAAGUAUAAAGGACAUGACAGCAGUGAUACCAGAGUAGCACUAGGGAAUCAGGCGGCAGAUCAAGCAGCAAAGCAGUGUGCGGGGUAUCAACCAAAAAAUAUAUUGUUGUGUUCAGAGGUAGGGUGGACAACAGAGCCCACUCUGGAGGAAGUAGUGAAACUACAAAAGGGGGCCUCACCAGAAGAAAAGUUGAUGUGGAAGGUGAGAGGAGGCAGUGAGGACCAAAAUGGACUUUGGAGGAGUCCAGACGGACGUCCAAUCUUGCCACCAGGGCUCACUACAGCAGCCCUGGAGGAAGCCCAUGGCAUGGGGCAUGUAGGAACCACACAGAUGCUGAAAAAUCUCGAACAUUGGUGGCAUCCUUAUUUAAAACCAAUGGCAGUGCAUUGGAUAAAUUCAUGUGAAAUCUGCAGACAGUUCAAUGCCAAACCUACCCUGAAGCCAGCGCCAGGGAAAUUCCCAGUGGAUCCUAUUGCAGGGAAAUAAAUCAUCAUUGACUAUACAGAUAUGACUGAGAGACUGAAUGGGUUCAGAUAUCUGUUGGUAUGUGUGGAUGCAUUCACAGGAUGGCCUGAGGCCUGGCCAGCAAAAAAGGAAGACAGCAAAACAGGGGUGAAGUGUCUGAUUAAUCACUACAUCCCCAGGCACGGUUUUUCUGCCAAAAUCAGAUCAGACAAUGGCACACACUUUAAAAAUGAAGAGCUGAAAGAAGUGGAAAAGUUUUUGGGUCUCAAACAUUCUUUUGGGACAGUGUACCAUCCACAGUCCCAGGGCAAGGUGGAAAGGAUGAACCAGACAAUCAAAACCAAAUUGGCUAAAAUCUGUGCACAGACCAAAAUGAAUUGGGUCACAGCUUUACCAUUAGCCUUAAUGUCAGUAAGAAGCUCUGUAAAUCAGAGGCAUGGUCUAACUCCACAUGAACUGCAGACUGGAAGACCUUUUCCAGGCCCAAAAACCAGGUUACCUUUUCUGACUGAAUGUGAACAAUCUAUGUCUCACCGUGAUUACUAUAGAUCUCGCCACAGCUUGGUUGCAGCAUUCUCAAAACAGGUGGCCGCCCAACCAUCCGAGGCUCGAGCCACAACCUCAGACGCGGAGUGGAUCCUUCUGAAAGUCAUCAAACGGAAGUGGUCAGAGCCCAGGUGGACGGGUCCAUUCCAGGUCACAGAGAGAACCUCACAUGCGGUGAGGGUCAAGGGCAAAGGAGACACGUGG